AAAUCUUCGUUGAACAAAUGCUAUUUUUUCUCUUUACUUUCGAGGCGUAGGAAGAUAAAACACUCUCUCCGCUCCGUUUUCCGGCAAUCUUCUUCUUUCAGGUUGUGAUCAGUUGACUGAAUUAGCUCCUAAGUUGAUGAGAUGAUGAUGGGUCAAGGGUCAAAUAAUUUUGGAGGAUCUUCAAAUUUAUCAGCCUUAGCUCCUCCUUUUACUGUUACUGUUCACAAACCCCUUGUUGAUUUAACUGAACCAACUGCUUCUUAUUUCACUACGCGCAAUUGGGCGUCCAAUUCGAGACCUGAUUACGAUUCUAAUGCAUAUAAUAUGUUUUCCUCCAAUUCGGACCCUCGUGUUUCGAUCUCGACUGAUGCUGUUUUGUCCGGCCAAAAAUCGGCUAGUGUUCUUGAGGCUAAACCUUAUUAUCCGUCUUAUGCGAUGGGAAAUGAUUGUUCCUUAGGAGUUUCUAGUUAUUCUGGCUAUGAUUUGCUGUCUACUUCUGGCGUUGCGACGUCUAUUGGUUCCACGCAUGAGGAUUAUGGUCAAAGCUUGUCUGGUCAGUGGAGUGGCAUGUGGGAUUGCCUUACUGAAUGUCAGCAGAGUGAACCAAUGCAGCUUCAUGAGAUUUUCGGCCCAAAAGAGAGUUCCAUGAAUCAAGGAUUUUAUGCAUCUGACAGCAGAAGCAAAUAUGAAGAAGCUUCUAUAAGAAUUGAUAAAGUUGCUGAGUCUGCAGGAAAAGGAAAGUUGGAUUAUAAUUCCUUUCCAGGAAAAAAUAGUAAGCUCGUACCUACUGAUUAUCCAACGCCUACAAGCAUGGCAUCCACUUUACCAUUUCCAGAAACCUGUCCUCAGGUAUCAUCUAUAAAAACUGUUAAUUCCUGGAACCAGAAGUGGCCAUACCAGUUCCAGAAACCAUCAGUUACUUCACAUGAAAGACUUGUCCAUGAAAAACUCUUGACAAGGGAUGAUGCUAGUUCAAGAGCUAUUGGAACAGUCAUGAAUUCUUCCCCUGCUGUUGUCAUUAAACCACCAGUAUACGGUACAAAUUCAUUUAUAAAUAAAAAUUCUAGGAGUGAUGGAGAUAUUAAAGAUUUUUCUGGCAAUAAUCCAUCUGUUAUGGUGGAGCCUCGUCCAUUUGUAACUUCCAAAGGCAAUGUUUUUUAUGAUCCCAGCCAAGUCAGCUUCCACCUAGGAAAAGCUGAUCGAGUUACUGCAGAUUUUUCCUCAGCAAUAAAUGAAGUUUUUUCAAGCAAUCAAAGUGUUCCUAUGGACACUUUUGAUCAUUUUGCUGGGACACAAGGCUCGUCCAAGGAGGGUGUUUGCUUUACCCACAAAGUUCCGAAUACAAGUCUAGAUGGAUUAAGCUUAGUGGACAAAACUGAAGCCAUCGAUCCUGUAAAAGAUUAUAAUGAAUGUCUGGAUCAUCACAAUCCUGCUGUGGAUUCACCAUGCUGGAAAGGGGCUCCGUUUUCUAAUUUUUCUCAGCUUGAAGAUUCCGAGUCAGUCUCUCCGCGAAAUAGGAAAAAGUUAGAAGCUUGCAGAUCUUUAGACCGUCAAGGUUAUCAAACUUUCACUGUUAGUUGCAAUGAUGCUGUAAAAAUUUCACCUGAAAAAACAAAUGAAAAGCCAAUGCAACAUGGUGGUUGGGUUCUAGAAAAUCAUUUAAGUCCAUCCAUGACAAGACCUUUGGUUGGCCAUAUGUUUCAUAGAGAAGAAAUCGGUCCUAAUGCGAAUGGAGCUGAUCACAGAAAAUCGAGCCCGUUCCAUCAGGUUCAGAGUGCUGAUGAUACCUUAUAUAACAAAUCGUUUGAUACUUCUGAUAGUAAACUACCCGACAAUGAGCAACAAAGUUGUGAAGGGUGUAAAUGGACAACUGAAAGUAAUUGUGCUCCAGUUAUUGGUGCUGCUGAUUUUAAUAUGAAUAUGAAAGACGAUCCUGAUGACUGUUCGUAUCAUGUGCCGUUCCAGGCAAUAGAAAAUGUAUUAUAUUCACCACCUUCUGCAGACAGUGCUUCUGGUAUGCCAAAUAAAGUUCAUGGGAGAGAUGCAACACAGAAGACAUAUGUUAAAACACUGAUUGACACAAUGCAGAACUUGUCAGAAUUGCUUGUAUUUCAUUUUUCAAAUGAUAUAUGUGAACUGAAGGAAGAAGAUUCUGAGGCUCUUAAAGAUGUUAUCGGUAAUAUUGAAUCGUGUAUGUUAAAGAAAGUGGAGAAAAUGAACUCACCCUAUGAUUCAAAAGUUCCUGAAAGAGCUAUUUCUCAACCUUCUGAGAAGUCCUCUAAGCUUCAGAAGGGCACAAAUGAGAAUGGCUUUAUGAUAUCCAAAACUGAUCCUUUUAACUUUCAAGCCUCAUUCAAAAGUCAGCAUGUUGACGAGGAGGAUAAUGUUGCUUCUGGAAAUAAUGAUCAGAAAUUGCCUAAUUAUGUUUAUGUCGGAUCUGAUGCAAACAUAAUGAAAGUUGAUAACCCAGCCCAGGCUAUAAAGAAGGCUCUUGCUGAGAAUUUUCAUGAUGAGGAAGAGACAGAGCCACAAGUUCUUCUGUACAAGAAUCUUUGGCUUGAGGCAGAAGCUUCAUUGUUUUAUGCAAGUUGUAUGGCUCGCUUUAAUCGAAUGAAGAGCGGGAUGGAGAAAUGCGACUCUCCAAUCACUACUGAAACAUCUGAGGAUGAGGACAAGCCCUCGAGGUCCAAAUUUUCUUCUGAACCAUGCACAAGUUUCGAGAUGGCAUCUAAUGCUAACCAUAUCCAUCUUCCAGAUAUUUCAAUUCCGGAGUCAUCGUCUAUGUUAAUCAAAAGCGGCUAUGAUGAUGAUGUUGCUGCUAGGUUUCAUAUCUUAAAAUGCCGGGUCAACAGCUCUGAUGCUGUGAAAACUUCAUUGGCGGACAAAAUUUUGGGUUCUGCAGGUAAGAUGUGUAGUUCUCAAGUUUCUCUAGGUCCGGACAACGUUGAAUGGGUUGCACGCGAGAAGAAAGAUGGCCAAAAGCCAGACAUAUGCAGCCAGGAUUCCCCAGUUUUGAGUUCAACUAAUCAUGUAGAUGAUAUUGAAGCUUCAGUUAUGGCAAGAUUUCGUAUCCUCAAAGACCGGGGUGACAAUUCUACUUCCUUGAAUAGGCAAGAACCUGGAACAGAAAGUGCUGACCUGGAAUAUGCUGGUUUGCGAGGGUGUUGGGCAACUGGUACAGAUAGAUCAGAGGACGGUAUUCUGGAUUUAAAUAUGGAGCCUCUCUCGCGACAUCAUGAUCGUAACCCUACUGAAGAAGAACUGACUGUCGAGAAAUCCCGUUUCACUGUCAAGGAUUGCCCAUCUCGCAUUAUUGACAAGCCUGGGGAUCAAUCUCAAACUGGUUUCGGUGAUGGCUCUUCAGAUUGGGAGCAUGUCCUGUUGGAGGAACUUGGAUGCCCGAAUUCUUGAAUCUGGAGCGAUAUCCUUAAUGUUUGUCAUGUCGAUGAUGGAUAAUGUGUUUCGGCUUUAAUGUGAUGUAUAUAAUGUGAUUGGACAUCCAUUUGAUUGGGUUUCUUGUAGAAGUGUUGAAUGCUCUGUUUGUAUGUAUAAAGCUUUUAAGACAUUCGGCAUGUCACUGAACUAUAAGUAAAUGUCUACUUUCAGGCCCUUGUAAAAUGCUGAUUCUCUUGUACGUAAA